AAGCAAGUUUGCAAGGUGUUUAUUGCACUGUUUCCAAGGAGAGGGAAAAAGGGGUCUGAACUCUGAAAUGGGGAGGAGCAUCAGGGUUUGGGGAUUGAUGAUCACAGUUUAUGUGUCAAUGAUGCUAGCUCAAAAUGCCACAGGACAAAGCACAUAUGCUUGUUGGGGAGGAUGUUACAAUGUGUGCUUUCUGCUUAGUAGCAGACCAAUAGCAGAGAGGUAUCCGUGUUAUUUGAAUUGCCUGGCCAGCUGCUUUCCUCAGUCUGCUCUGGAAAGCCAGCUUUACUAUUGCCAUGUUGGUUGUUCAGCACAACGUUGCCUCCAAAUAAAAGAUGCUUCUGCAAGGGAGAAAUGCUUUGGUGGCUGUGGAGACGCCUGCAAAACUUAGAACUGUCUUGCAAUUCUGUGGUGCAUCCAACAUAGGGAGUUUGAUCAUACUGCUUUAUGUAAUAAACAAUAAUUUAAUGGUUCUUCUUUAUCUUUUCAUUCACCGAGAAAGGAAUGAACUCCAUCCUUUCAAAUUUGUCCCUCCUUUUGUUCUUCCCCAUUCCCGAUCAAGAAGAAAGUAUAUUUUCCUUUUA